AUGAGAGGUUCUGGUGUUCUCCCAGAGUGUAUCUCACACCUCAGAUAUACACGGGUGAAUGUGGAUAUUCAGAAUCAGUCAGUGAGCCCUGUCGGGGUUCUGAGCAGCUCCAUUGAGCUGGAGAAUCUUCCGUCUAACCCUGUCUUUAACGUCAAUAUCACCGAGGUCAUCAAAGUGGGGCAUUUCUGGGGUUUCCAGGCUCACGAGGCAAGUCUGGAGAAACAGAGGUGGCUGACAGUGGCCGUUAAUACACGGGUGCUCCGCCCACUUCCUGUCUCACUUUAUCCAAAUCUUCUGUCUCGCCCCUUUCUCUGAAACUCACACCAAACCUGGGAACUACUACAGACCCAAAAUACUGCAUGUCAUGGGGAGUAAUGUGGAGCUAACAUCUGUACACACACACACACACACACACACACACACACGUACACCUACUAAAGCGCCUCCGUGAUGGAGCAUGGAGUGGUUACAGGAAAACUGCACAUUGAAUGUACACGUGUGUGUGUGUGUACAAGUGGUGUUUGUGGAGUUUGGAAACACUUCCAAGGUGCCAUGUAACACUCUGGAACUUCCUGCUGACCGGCAAGCUCUGCCCUUUCAGGUAUUGUCUCCAUGGCAACAAUUUAGGCUGUAAACAUUAAACACUUAAUCUCCAACAACACGUAGUUAAUCCAAAAUAGUGUGUACCAGAAGUGUAUAUACUGAGUGGAGUGUGUUUGUGUUUGUUCAGGCUCAGGAGUUCAGCGUGGCGUGUUUGGCAUCAUCGGCACAGUCAGUCAAGAAGUCAGUGUUACAGAGUAAAAGUCUUUUAAUUCAUUCAGUACAACAAUAUCAAGAAACACAAACAAACAUCACAAGCUCAUCACACAACUUGGUGACGUCUUCCACGUCCUUCAUCUGAAAACACACAGACGAAAUAGAAAUCACACGCUGCAAGGACACAGCCAGGUUCUCUUUUACACACACCUGAGAGGAGAUAAACCAGCUGAACUUUCUAAUCUUACAUUAAACAUCCAACAAGCAGCUUUCGGGUCACAGUGACUACGUUUACAUGGACAGCAGUAAUCUAAUUAUUGACCUUACUCUGAGUAAGAUAAUAAUGUGAUUAAGGUGUUUACAUGCGUCGCUUUUAGAAUAUUCCUUUCAUGUUCCCGUUUUACAUGUUUUAGAACAUAAUUAGAUUAACAGCCCGCGUCA